AUGGUAAGCGAACAAGAGGACAAUGUGUUUGUUGAGGUUGCCCUUACGUUGCCUAAAGGGGGACCGAUAAUAAAAGUGACAGCCCUCGUGGAUUCCGGCUGUUCCCGCACCCUGAUAAGCGAAAAAGUCGCCCGCCAACUGCGGGUGAAAAGGGUACAGUUGCCCGAACCCAUACAUUUCUCCCAGAUGGACUGUAGCGACCUUAGAGGAGGCCCUGUCACUCACCGCACGACCGCGGUAGUGAUGGGCAUGGGGGAACAUUUGGAACGGCUCCAUUUUACCAUUGCCCCUAUCAACACGCCCGUGAUUUUGGGUACGAACUGGCUGCUGGGACAUAACCCCUCCAUAGAUUGGGUAGAACGAACUCUCACGUUCCCUGAGACCCUGUGUGAGCAUCACGACAAGGACCGGGUGCUCAAAACCCGGGCGGCUGCCUUAGUUGAGGCACGGCCAACGGGAACUGUCAACCCACAGCUCCCUAAGGAGUAUGCUCAGUUUUCUGAUGUGUUCGAUGUACGAGAGUGUGACGAAUUGCCUCCUCACCGGGAGACCGAUUGCGCCAUAGAAGUGGCGUUUGAGACGCUCAAGCGAUUAUUUACUUCUGAACCUGUGCUCUCCCACCCCAACUGUUUCAGUCCUUUCCAAGUGGUUUAUGGGAAGGAGUUUGGGCCCUUUGGGUCUACUACCGUUACCCCGGAAAUGGAGGGUGUGCAGGGGGCCCAGGAAUGGCCGGCACCCCUCGGCGAAAGAGGGGAUGCUGACACUGGCGCUUGCUGGCUCCCCGCCGAAAAAGUAACUGCUGCCGAGAAAUCGGUGGCGAGAGUUUCGGCAGCAAUAGCUUUCAUCGUAGGCUGGCUAUUCCAAACACAACAAGAGGAGCCCCCGGUCUGUGAGAGCCAGCACCAGGAUUUAUGCUUGGAGAAGGGAAGCCAAGAUAGCCACAGCCUGGUCUUUGCUGAUCUAACUGUGGGGGAGAUGAUGCAGGUAAAGAGGUACUUGUGGAACAACCUGGGGGUGCCGUUAGUGGAGCCCCCUCAAGCCAAGCCAUCAGACAACUGCAUUUAUUCCAUCAACCUUCAGCUUCCCCCCAAAGCAGAGGUGCUAGAAUUCCUAGAUCACCAGGGGAGAAAAUCUACACGGCAAGCUCUGGCGGUGGUCCACUUUGGAAACCAAGAGGACCCAAAUGUCACCGAAUAUGUAGUGGGUCCUCUUCCAAAGCCAACAUACCACCAAGAUAUCACAGUGCAGAAGUAUGGAAGGAAGCUGUCAUAUUACCAAAGAUUUCUUUUGGGAAGUGACCUAGAAGACAUCAAUAUCCUCAUGAGCAAGGAUUAUUCUAAAGCUCCAAACUUUAUGCACAGGGUGUUUGAGUAUAAUGGAAGCAGCUUUGUGAGGUACCCUGCUCUGCCACCAGGGUUUAAAUCAGGAGACAGGAAAAUCUGGAUGUAUCAUUUCCAGAAUGUUUCUGGUUCUUAUGUGCAUCCGGUUGGACUGGAGCUGCAAGUGGAUGUUAGCAGCUUGGAUGCUUCUGAGUGGAAAGUGCUGAACGUGUUCUAUAAUGGGCAGUACUUUGAGGACAUGGAAGACCUUGAAAGACAAUUCAACGAGGGGAGAGUUCAAGUGGCCAAAGUAAAGAAGGCGCCUCUUGAGGGGGGUUACUCAUCCUUGAAACCAAGGGUCCCACCCGAGUGGCCAGGCCCUUUGCAAUAUGAACCUCGUGGUCCACGCUACUGCAUCAGGGACAACCAAGUCACCUUCAUGUCUUGGAGCUUUGCCUUUGGAAUGGAAGUAAACAGAGGGCCACGUAUCUUCGACGUUAGGUUUGAGGGUGAGAGGAUAGUAUACGAGUUAAGCCCGCAAGAUGCCUCUUCCCUCUACGGGUCCAAUAGUCCAGGGACAAUGAUUACCAGUUACAUGGACCUAAGUUUUGCCAUUGGGAAAGAUGCCAUCACCCUCACCCAGGGCGUUGAUUGUCCUUACUUAGCUACCUAUUUGGAUGGGCACUAUUUCCUUGACUCUUCGUCGCCUGUCACCCGCAAAAACUCUAUCUGCAUCUUUGAACAAAAUGCUGAGAUUCCAAUACGGCGCCAUUAUGACCACUCAGGCCCUGCAUUUUACGGAGGGCUGGUUGAUUCAGUUCUGGUCUUCAGGUGCAUCUCUGCAAUGGUUAACUAUGACUAUGUCUGGGAUUUUGUGUUUCAUCAGAAUGGAGCUGUUGGCAUCAAGGUGCAUGCCAGUGGGUAUAUUUUGUCUUCUUUCUUCUUCGGCGAUGCCACAGAUUUUGGGAACAGGGUUCAGGAGCUGACACUGGGACCAAUGCAUACUCACAGUAUUCAUUACAAAGUGGAUUUGGACGUUGGUGGUGUGAACAAUUAUCUGAUAACCAAUGACAUGGCCUUUACGAAAGUGAGGGCCCCCUGGGACCAACAGCAGGAGAUCCACCAGAUGAGGCUGCGAAGAGAAGUCCUGGACACGGAGGACGAGGCUGCCUUCCGCCUUCACGAUGACUUUCCCAGACACAUCUAUUUUGCAGCAAAUAGCACAAAUACGUGGGGGCACGAGCGUGGCUAUCGGAUUCAGAUCUACAGCUUCUCUGGGGACCACCUGCCAGAGUCGGAUCCUAUGGAGCGAGCCAUCAGCUGGGGCCGGUACAAACUGGCUGUCACCAAGCGGAAGGAGGAAGAGCCAUUCAGCACCAGUGUCUAUAACCAGAAUGACCCCUGGACCCCUUCUGUUGCCUUUGAUGACUUCAUAAACAAUGAGACCAUUACCAAUGAGGACCUGGUUGCCUGGAUCACUGUCGGCUUCCUGCACAUUCCACAUGCUGAGGACAUCCCCAACACAGUGACCCUUGGGAAUGUGGUUGGGUUCAUGCUGAGACCCUACAACUAUUUUGAUGAUGAUCCCUCCAUGUAUUCUCCUGAUGGUGUUUUCUUCACCAGUGAGCAGGAUCCCACUUCCUGUGAUGUCAACCACAUUGCGUGCCUGCCCAAAGCAGCUGCCUGCGUGCCAAACCUCCCUCCUUUCAGCUACAAGGGCUUCCAAAAUCUGACAAGGCUGUGAAUCCUUCUGGACU